CACUAUGACAUUAUUGUUUAUGUUUAUCAAGUGUUAUUAUAAUAAAAAUAGAUACAAAAAAAAAGUAAUUACUAUUUAAAGAGUUCGGUUUCAGUCUACCAUUUCUGGUUUUAGAACUAAUAAAGAAAGUGAUACUCACAUGCCAAUUACAGCGUCUCUCGUCAAACUGGGAUACACAUCUUCAAUCGUCUGACAGGAAGAAUUAAUAGAACUUGUCGAUUUAUCAUCAUCUGAAAAAGAAAAUCCGAAGUCUAUGAGGGGUUACAAGUCAUACAACACCAAUGAACUUACAACAAAAUCUGAUAGAACAUUUUCUGUAACUUCCGUUAGUACCGCUACUGGUACUGAAGAUGAUAAUAUUGUUAACAUAUUUUCUGUAAAUCCAAAAACAUUUUCUAGAAGGCCGAGUAGCUCCGAUCAGCGAACUAUCUCAGAAAUAUCUGACGAUGUAUUUUUAGUAAAACCAGAAUCAAAACAAUCUACAGGACCUAACAAAUUCAAAAGAAAUUAUAAAGAAAAAAUUUCAGAGCAUUUGAAAAAAAUUAAAGAAAAGGCGAUCAAUACAUCUGAUUUGGCAAAAAGCAGGUUACCAAUUGAAAGGGUGAGAAAAGAAAGCGAACAUUUAGAUGCAGAAAUUGAUAAUGUGAGAAGUAAAUUGAAAGAAAGGGAGGUUGAUAGAAGCAUUGAUGACUUUUUUAAUUUUGUUGAUGAGAAAAAAGAGGACCAAAGUAGUACAAACGAAAUCGAAGAGAAAUUAUCUUAUGUUUUACCGGAGAAACUUGACUUUAGCAUAAGAUUGGCGGAAAAUGAAUGUUUUUUAUAUGUUAAUAGCAGAAAACCUGUAAAUGUAAGUGAAAAAAUAGGCACAGCAGAAUCGACAUGUGAUGAUGUCCCUCGAAUUUCAAAAUCUUACAAAAAUAUAUUAGAACAGCGAUUUUCUUCACUAGACGAUAGGAGAUGGUUCGACACAGAAGGAAAUCUUAAUUUUCUAGGAAACCCUUUAUCUUCUAUUUCUCUUCGACCCUCAAAUUACCAAUUAAACGAACCACACCUAACUGAUUACGUUCUAUCAUCUACGGAUCUGCAUACGGAAUUAACAGAACUUGUAGUUGUAACGGAAAAUAUUUUAAACGUGUACUUAUCCCAUUUAAAAUUUCAUCACCAUCCGCUGUUUAGUGCGGAAAAUGUUUUUGCUGAAAAACUGAAGUUCGCCUAUGAUGAGUAUAAGUCGAUGCAAAAAGAAAAUUUAAUACAAAAUCUUAAGACUCAUCUAGAAGAACUACGGAGAAGAAGAUACGAACAUGGUGACUCCACUAAUCUUGGUAACGAGAUCAAAAAAAUAAGAACUAAGUACUUUAAAGAAAGCAGACGAUACAAAGAAACUAUAUUAACUAUUCUCGAAGCAUGGAAACACGUUAAAAAAAUACGUUGUCAACAAAAAUACUCAAACACAGAUGUCAAAUUGUUAAUUAGAAAAGAAAAAACCAAUUACACGUUUGAAAGUGAAGAAUAUAAAAGAAUGUUUGAAUACAGUUUUGAGGAGAUGCUAAAUGAACAAAGACAUGAGGAAAUUGUUAUCAGUGAAGAUAGUAUUGAAGAAAAAAGUGAAAAUACAACAUCUACGACUACUUUUUCAAAGAAUGCAGAUAUCCAGAAGACCCAGAUCAGAAAUCAGUUACGAAAAAUUUUCAGAUCUUCUUUGAGAGCACCAGGAGAACCAAACGUCCUUAUAGCUCUGACUGCAACCAAUGAAAUUACAGAAAAUACUAAUUUUGACAAAGAAACUGCUAGAAGAAACAUAUUGUUUUCCACUAAAUUUUACCUUAAAAUUUUAUGCAAUGACAUAGAAGCGUGCAAAACCAAAUUUUUGAGUUUAAGCAAAGAUUUCAAAUUGGAAAUAGAAGAAAUUUUUUCGUUGCAACUUACUAAUGUGCCAAAAUAUUUGACUAUUGAAUUAUACGAGCAACCAAAAUCUUUGUUAAGAAAGAAAUUGUGUGAUAUAAAUAUUGAGGUGCCUGUUGGAAAAAGUCCAAUGCAAAUGUGUAAAUCAAAUUUUGAAAGAAGUGAUAUUGUUCAUUACAAACACGAAGGCGUAGGCAGUGGUUUGGACCUAAAUUUCUUGAUAGAUUCUUACGAUAUUAAACUAAUAAAUAUUAAAAAUUACGACUUGAAAACAUCCGGAUAUCUUCAACACGGUUUAGAAUGGGAAAACGAAGAUGUUAAAGAAAUAUCUGAUAAUUUACAGUCAAAAAUACAAGAAUUAGAUGGAAUAAUGAAUAAACAUUUUGUUCUAAAUAUUGAAAAGUACAACAAGUUUGUAGACGAAAUACCGAAAAUUGAUGUUAGUUCGCAAAGCGAAGAAAUUCAAGGAAAAUCUGAUAGUAACUUUUUUAGAUUAACUCCUCAAAAAAUUUUCAAUUUUUGUCACAUUUCUGAAAUAGAAGAAAAUAUUAGGCUCAAAAUUUUGCAACUUAGAAAUCAAAAGGAAAUAGAAUUUGAUGGAAUGUUGGUUCCAAAUAGAAUUAAGGAAUUUCCAAUGAAUGUUUUAUCUCAAUACAUUAGAAGAAAAUCUGGGGAAAGGCAAGAUGUUAACUACGAGGCAGCUGAUGAUUUUAAAAGUCAAUAUUAUUUCGGAAAAAAAUAUUUGCAGCAGGUUCACUUAAAAGUUUUCCAACUUUGUAAAAACACAGAAAAUAAUUUGGACUACGAAAGUGUUGUUAACGAAAAAUAUUUCAUAUAUUUUCAUCUCAUGAUAAAAACGCUUGUCCGUAAUUUUUUUAACUGGUUCAGAUGGAAACCAAAAAUUAGCAAACCUCUUCCAGUACUGCGGAAGGAAGAUUGUGACGACAAUGCACAAAUUGAUAAAACUAAUCUAUACCUCACAGUGAAAGUAUUAAGUGCCAAAAACAUUCCAAACAGAAAAAAAGAGACUUUUAACGAAUAUGGAAAUACUGUAAAUGAAGUUUGUCCUUUUGUAGAAGUUAACUACAAAAAUAUUUUUGCCAGAACGAAUACUAGCGUUGGGAUAAAUCCUAUGUGGAAUGAAAAUCUGGUGAUACCUUUAGAAAAUAGUCAUAUGGAUUAUUUGAACCCGAAUUCAUUGGAAGGUGUGAUAACAGUAAAUUUAUUUGAUGAAAGUGACAUUGAAAUAAGCAAAAUAAGCAAAAAAUGUAUAAACUGGCUAGGAGGAGUUGACAUUUUGUUGUCUGCGGUUUGCUGUUCGGAUAAGAUGAGUGGAUAUUUUCAAAUUAAAAUACCGUAUGUGCUCCUGGAUUAUGAAACACAGGGCGAUAAGUUACAUAAGCCUCCAAAAACUUCGACAGAAAAAGUUAUUCAUACCUAUUUAGAAAUGGAAAUCUUUAUAGAACCUUUGGUGCCAAAACUUAACCCUAAUAUGGUAGAACUUCCUUGUGGUGACCUGCCAUACAUCCAAGAACACAUUUUAAAAUGGAACGGAAUUUUCAACGCUAGUUACCCUCACCGAAAAUUUAAUGCAUUAGUAUUGGAUACUAACGGAAAAACCACUUGUGUUACACGUUUUAUAAAACCAUUAGAACCACCACAGAUAAACACCGAAGAGUUUGAUGUGAGCAUUGAACAGUGUUGUCGAUACGUGUCAUUGAUACCGUUUACUGGAUCCAACCAUUUUUAUAACAAUAUUUGGUUAUCUACUGAUCAAUUGAUAAACUUUAUGUUAGGAUCAAUAAUAGACCACGCUGUAGCUUUAACAUGCUAUUUGACUGCUCUGAAGUUAGACGUUUGGCUGCUGUUGGGUUAUGGGAUACCGCAUGGUAACACUGCAUACGUUUUACUACCGGAAUAUACUGGAGAAACUCCAUUCCCUACGUAUUACAUAAUUGACAUCGUAUUUAAUGAAAAAUAUAGUGUCAUGGACGAAAAUUGUCCUUUGCAGAAGAUAUUUUGCGUCAUUAACUCUAAAAAUGUAUGGGCCAACAUUCAAAAAACCGAUAACGUAACCUUUACACGAUACGAUUUCAGCAGAAGCGCUGAUUGGUUACCACUUUUUGACCACAAUUUUCCUGCCCCUACGAAUUUUGUUGGAAAUAAAGUUACGUACAGAUUGAAAGAAGAUACGGAAUUGCUUGAAAUGAAUUUAGAAAAACACCUGAAGAGACAAAUAUCAAAAUUGAGGCUUCUGGAUAGAACGAUCUGGAAUAGUGGGGUAUCUAGCGUUUUGGUGAAUGUUCUUAAGACAUUUGAAUUGAACUGUAUGUAUAAUAGAAGCCAUCAUGAGACUGUAACUGAGUUAAGCCAUGAUAUUUCACAAUAUAUAAUAUCUGGAUUUGCAAUAAACACACAUUUUACAAGUUUCUCGAACCUGGUAAAAAAAAUCAAACGGCUUGGCAUACACAUACAGAAAGAGAAGGACGCAGAAUUUUCUCUAGCAGUUUACAUUCACUCCUACCCUGGACGAUUGUUUUCAGUGUGGAUAUUUUUAGUUAACAUUCGAAACGGCGAUUAAAGUUAAAUUAUUACUGUUUUCAUUGUUUUGAAAUGUGUUUCUGUUUGAUUGUAAGAAAUAAAAUAAAUUAGAAUUGGUGUUUAA